UGGCAGCAGUGUGCUUUGCGUGUAUGCCAUUACCAAAGAAGAAGAUUGUACAGGAUAUAUUCUGCACUAUAAACAGGAAUGGAUAAAGUCAUAACCUCUUUCAACAAGCGCCCAGAUGCUCUGGCCCGUCUCAUCUGUUUUCCCUGGGCAGGUGGAGGCUCUAUCCAUUAUGCUCGCUGGGCCAAAACUCUCAACAACUCUAUUGAAGUGUACUCGGUUAGACUGCCAGGCAGAGAAGGGAGGGCCAAGGAACCAUUUUUUCAAAAUAUGCAGGAAAUCGUUUAUGAGGUCAUCUGUGUGAUACUUCCACAACUCAAAGAAAAGCCAUUUGCACUCUUUGGACAUAGUUUUGGAGCUAUGACCUGCUUUGCUUUUGCCGAGCACGUAAACAAGGUCUACAAUCUUGAGCCGAUCCACAUGUUUCUCUCUGGAGCCUCUGCACCAUAUUCUGAGGCAAGACUGCAGGCACCAAGAAAAAGCCAUCUGUCAGAUCAAGAGUUUCUUGUGUGGGUAACUUAUAUUGGAGGCACACCACCAGAGAUACUGGCCAAUGCUGAGCUCGCCAAACUCUUCUUACCUGCACUGAAAGCAGACCUCUGUGUAGCGGAAAAUUAUAGAUGUAGCAGACCGUCAACACCGGUCCUGUCAUGUCCAGUAUUGUGCUUUGACGGAAAAGAGGAUGCACCCCAUGACUUACAAGCUUGGAAGGACAUGACAAAUGGUGACGUCACUGUGCAGAUGCUUCCUGGAUCUAAUUUUUACUUGAAAGAAGAAGCAAAUGAAAAAUAUAUACUGGACCACAUCACAAAACAUCUUGAGACAGCAGAGAUGGACUAUCUAUAAAAACCCUGCCUUUCAUUAUUUAACUGCAAACAUGAUACAUUUAUGAUAUAACAACAAAUGUAUUCCCAAUUUAUAUUCGCUAAUGGAACACAUUUUCUUGUGAGUGUAAAAAAAAAAAAAUCAGAAUAGACACAGAAAAUAAACCAAUUAAUGCCAAAAUUAAUCAGUCCAUUAAUUGCG